GUCGGGCUAUCUCGCGAGGAACGAUUCAUUGACCGGCGAGCGCGCACGGCGAGCUCGUGCGGUGCUCUCUCGCCGACGAGAGCUCGUUAGUGCGGGCACGAGCGAGCGUAGCUACGAAAGAAGACUAGUGGUAAGUGUCCGGGCACUGUUAUUCGCGCGACGCUCGUAUUGGGAAGUCUCUCGGAGUCGCGCGUAGUUUUUCUCGCGAGUCUUUUAUAAACGGGAGAGAAAAGUAAUAAGAGGAAGAGGAAAGAAAAGGAAGGAAGGAAGGAAGGAAGGAAGAGGGAGAGACAAAUCGAAACGGUAAGCUCUCCUUCGCGGCGCGAGAUCGAUAAACGCGAGGACGUUACCGGAAGCGAGACCCUCCGGCGCUGCUUUUUCAGCAAGGGGAGUAACGUUUUGCGAUUUUUCGGCACUUGCUGAGCAGCAGCUAUCGUUAUAUUAUUCGAUUGCGCCGAGAUAAAAGAAAAGGAAUAAAGAAAAGAAAAGAGAAAGAGGAGGGAAGUCGGAGGGUUGAAGAAGAGGGAUGGAGGUCGACGAGUAGGCGUCCGAUCGAGCGGAAGCCUCCCUCCUGCCGUAGGCGCGAGGGAUGCGGAGAAGGCCGCCGUCGGCGGCGGCGAGUACGCGCCGCCGCGAUGCUACCGCGCGAGGAGAAGAGAAGGAGAGUGCUCAUCGCGGCUGCUGUCUCCUGCGAGAACGUCCGAGGAUGUCGUCUUCUCUUCUCCGCUUCGUACAAUCGGCGAUGGAGCCCCUUCAAGAAGGAGUCUGUCUUAGCUAGAACGUAGUAGAGCCGAGUUCACGGCGACUUGACGAAUAAUCGCGGUAAGGUGCGCGACCAUGAAGGAACACGGGAGUAAGCAUUCGGCGGAAGCGCCUACGAAGACCCUCAAGUCUUUACUAAAGAAGCCCGGCCAGACGAAGGGCAAAACUCGGAAGAAUCGCGUGGUCAUUAAUGAGAAACUUAACGAGUUUUUUGCCGCGGAUUAUAUUAUACUUAUAAAGGAAGAGUGUUGCGCCGAGUACGAGGAAGAUUGCGACUGUUGUUGUCAGGAGCACGAACUUAUACGGUUGGGCAAUUGCAAGGAGUGCCGGGCGGAAUUGAAUCUCCACUUUGGCGUCACGGACGAUGGCCGUUACGGUGGCGCCGAUGGGGAGGUCGACGAGGAAGAGGACGAAGAAGAGGACGAGGAGGAAGAUGCGGUCGACGAGGAAGAGGAGGACGACGAGGAGGACGUUGUUGACGCUGUAGCGGCCGUCAACGCUGCUGUCAAUGCCGCUGUUAAUAUCAACGUUCCUAUCAAUACGAACGACGUCGAAAAUCUGCAACAGCAACAUCCGCGAACCGUGGAGGUUCGUAAGAAGGACGAAGCCGAAGCGAUAGCUGGCGAACUCGAACCCGAUACCGUCGAGCAUAAAGCCGAACUCGAAGCCGAACGCGAGCCGAAAGAGUCGGCUGAUCGGCAGGAAGUGCCGACGAUCGUUCCCGACGAUCGCACCGACUCGACCGUUCGCGGAGAAGGAGCCGAGCGUCAGCAGGAGACUCUCAGUCCUCCAGAAGGCUACAAGGACGUUUGCGUCGAAGGUGCCGCGAUUUUGGAGGACGCUGAUCAUCCACCUCGACUUUUGCCACCGCCAACCUGCAGCGACUGUGAUUAUUAUCACCGAAAGAAGACUGGUGCCCAAGAGCAAAUUAAGGUCAAUGGGGCCGAUGCCGAGCGCGAGGACGCUAUCGUUGAGAAUUUUAAAGAAGCAAACAAUCAAGUUCGAUCCUCUACGCCUAAUGAUUUGCAUCAUCGAUAUCUCGUUGAGACGAUAACGAUGACGACGGUUACGGAACGACGAAUAAUCCGAGAGAUCAGCGAAAACGAGAGAAAACUUUGUCUCGAUGAACUCGAUCUGGAACAAGAAAGACCACCAAGCGAAAUUCCAAAAUUGGAUGGACUUCCAACGGACUCUUCGACUAUUACGACGAAUAAAGUCGAAAAUCUUUCGUCGAAUGUUUGUCGCGAAUGUGGCAAUGCGGAAACGAACGCGGAAAUGGUCGAGGACAACGAGAAAACGGAAAGUAUCGUUGGCAGUAAUAAUAAAAAUGAAAACGAGGAACGAACGAUAGGUGAAGAUGACAGUAACGAAUCGAAGGAAACUCUUCAAGAUGUUACGGAGCUAUCAUUGACGUUUAAACUUGGUAACUUGGCCACCAAUAGCUUAAAACCAAACUCAGCUGUGAGACAACUCUUUCCCAAUCCGAGAUUCAUUUCACCACCACCUGCACCUCUGAACAAAUCCGUCUCAUUGGCCGAUUCUGAGAGUACUUAUUCCGAAGCUCAAAAGUUUCUCAUCACCGCUGAGAAUUUACGGCUGUUCGAUACAACAAAGAGAUCGGCGAAAACGACUACGCGUAGCGAGUCUUGUGAAAGCGAACCGAGUACGAUAAAGAGGACGAUAGAGAGGAACACGUUGAGAAGAAGUUUGAUUGGCAAGUGCAAUGCUACUACGAGAAAGAAGAAUCUCAGAUCGAAGGAUUUGUCUUUAGAGGAACGAAUCAGACAACUGACUUGUGUUGAUCAGGACGAGGAUGUUAUCGAAGAGUCUUCAAAAGGUACAGAACUCGUUCUAGAUCAGGAUAAUGAGAGGUUGGAAUUCUCCGUGCGAACUUCACCAUCCGGGGAGGAGCAACCAGCGAUCGAACGAUUUUCUCAAAAGGUUGCUACGUUAACUACAAUGACAACGUUACCGAUGACAACGUUGACGACGACGAUGAUGCCGAUGGUGACGAACAUAGCGACCACAUCAACGCCAACGACGUUGCCGGCGACAAUGGCAAAUGUUCAUAAUACGAAAAAUACCCCAUUGAUGGAUACCACGCCAAAUCAAUCGACUUACAGAAAGAUUACCGAUCUUUUCGCGUACAAGAAAAAUACCGAGCCAAAUUUACCGGAUCUUGGUAUAGGUAAUAACGGUAGAGGUACUUUGGUGAAAGAAUGUCAGUCGAAGAACUCUCUAACGAAGAUGAAUUCCGAAGUGAGAAGACAGUUUUUAGCCAGUCUCGCUCCACUCUCUUGCGUCACCGUAAAUAACGCGGACACUCGUGAGGAUUAUUACAGAAUCGAGCCAAGAAUCGCGACGAAUGUAAAUAGCAACUCGAUAAAUCACCUGUCCGAUUCAGCCUACAGCUUGGAAGAUAUCGAGACGGCACUGAAUAGAAAUCGUGCUAGUGCACCUGAUGUUACGAGAGGUACACCGGUCGGUAAUAGGCCAGAUAUAGGCGAGAACUCUGCCGACGAAUUGCUUGCUUUCGUGGAACAGGAUAAAUCCAGGAUGGAACGAAUAAAGCGACGUUAUAGCGAAAAUGAGGAACGUCAUAGUCUGGUUAAUGGUGUUUUGGGAGAUGAAAAGAUGACGAGUAGUACGACCAGUAACAACGAACAUGGUCAUGAGGAAGGCCAUGGCGAAGAAGACGAUCAGGAUGACGAACUCAACGACUAUGGUUUUAACAGGCGUCCACCGGUUCGAGGUAUCAAACCUCUGUUUGGUACUACCAAUGAGAUCGUCCAUCAGCUCCGUUCACGAAACGUAGUCACCAAUGACUUCAGUGAUGUGAGAGAAACAUUUGCUACAGCAUGGCCGUUGCAUUAUGACAAGAACGGUGACAGAAUCGAUGGUAAAAAUCUAUUGACGAUGGACAACAUGCCGACGAGUGUGUACGAUACGAUGCCGAAGGAAGACACAAACACGAUCGAUCGAAUAAACAGUAUGCAAAAACAAAUCGACGACAUUUAUCAGACUAUUGUGGAGACCGCGGUGACUCAAGGCAAUCUUGAUCGUGUGACUUAUUUAGAAAAUACGUUACCACGUCCAUUGGUCAGAAUACCGCCGACCGAUGGUAUCUCACAUCAGUAUCCCGAACAGAAGAACGGUCAGACUUAUUUCGUGGAGAAGCAUCAGCCGACGAACGUUCGUAUGUUGCGUAUCGCGGGUGGCGGCGAUGAAACAGCACCGGCUACUAAUUAUACAUCGACUCUACCAGCUAAAAUUCGUCGAUAUCCAUCAACGACGAUUCCGAAUUAUCACUGCAACGUAGUUUCCCCAACUGCGGCAUCCAGCAGCGGUGGUACUAAGUGCUAUCGCACGAUGUAUUUCGUGCCAUACAGCGGUCUCUCGGAUCCGACAUAUCAGAACAUUCAACGGAUCUUACCACCCCAUUCGUCGCCUAAUUACGCGACCCACAUCGAGCGUUAUCCUUAUCCUCGGCAGACGAAGAUUGAUAGCCCGCAGCAACAACCGCAACAGCAGCAGCAGCAACCACAACAGCAACAGCAACCACAGCAACAUCAGCAGAGGUACUACCCACGUCCCUUGGCGCCAAAUACCUAUUUAGCAUCUCAACCACUUCCUGAUUCCACUCCACCCAAUUGUCUUCCUUCCCAAGCACCUCAGCAGACACUCCAGUUGCACCUACAUCACCUAUCGUCCGUUCCUCACGCCGCUGUUCAUCCUAUCCAAUUCCAACAUCGACAACAUCAUCAUCAAAUCGCAUCAUAUCACCUACAAUCGGUAUUACCACCACCACCACCACCUCCAUCAUCUUAUACUGUGAUCGCACCACCUAGAUGCGCCUCCACGGCUACAGCCGCUCAUUCAACCAACCCAGCCUAUCAUCUCUAUCAAAUACCACUUGGUCGAACAUCCGCUACCGUUGCUACGGCCGCUGCAGCAGCUGCAGCUGCGGCCGCAGCAGCAGCAGCUGCGAAUGCCACUGACGUACAGACUCAAACCGUCUCGGCGUCCUCCUCAACUCCUCAACCCGUUACUUCCUUUAAACCCAUCUGCGAUGUACGUCUCUCCGCGAGUUUUUCUGUUAAUGAUCAACAAGGAAACGUUAAUAUCGGUGGGCCUCUUUCGGCAUCCUCCUCGUCUUCUUCCUCGGCAUUAUCUUCGCCUACGAAACAACAACAGCAGCAGCAACAACAACAACAACAACAACCACAACCACCACAACAACAACAACAACAACAACAACAACAACAAUUAGUGAAUAACUCGUGUAGCGUCGCGGAACGCGGUGUACCGGAAGGUGCAGCUAGUGCACCCUCUCACGAUUUUUCUCAAGCACCACAACAAUCUCAGCAUCAUCAACCCACUCCUCCAACUCCUGCUCUCUCUCAAUCGACGACCACCUCGAUGUCCCACUUACUCCUCGUGUCAAACUCUUACGGCGGGCAUCGUGCCAAUACCCUAAACCCGCCUACCGACUCUCAAAACUCCGUGUAUUACGCGAUGAACGUUUAAAGGGCCAAUGUACGCUUUUGACCAACUUCACGGCUGGACUGGAGACUUGAUCCCUUUUAGUCAGUGACGGAGAAACACACACACACACUCAUAUACACGUAUACAAACGUACACUUAUACAUAUGAAAAGGGACAUAUAAAGGGAAGAAGAGGGAUGCAGGCGAAAUUAGCUCGCAUCGACGAUUCCUUUUCUUUGAUGUGGUGGAAAGUGACGACAGGUAUGUAGAAAAAAAGAAAAAGAAAAAUAGAGAGAGAGAGAGAGAGAGAGAGAGAGAGAGAGAGAGAGAGUGUGUGAAUGAGAAAGACACGAGAUUAUCGUGCGGGGAAAGCAGGGCGGCGGCCUCUUUCCGUGCUCGUAAACGAACGACAGACUUGAUUGUUGAAAGGCGAUACGACUCGUUGAUUCUCUUCUACGCGAUGACGAAUACGACGAUGUCGAUGACGAUGGAAGCUGAGAACUCGAGUACCAUCGCAUUCUCCUCCUUUUUCUAUAGUCUUCGUAUCUUCGCUUUGUAUUUCAUACAUUCGUAAUAGAAGGGCAAGGUGACGGCAAAAUUAUGCGAUCUCUUUGAUGAGAUCUUUAUGAAAAAUAGACAAGAUUCAGUCUAUGUGUCGUCAACUAUAUAUUACAAAUAUUUUGAUUAUAUAUACGUUGCCAUACUCUUGUUCUUAUGAACAUCUCGAUGUUAAUGCAUUAUUAAUAUUAUAUUAAACUUCUUAUCUAAUCGUGGCUAUCAUUUGUUUCUCGUCAUUAUCAAAUUUACAAGUUUAAUGAAGAAAGCAAAAACAAAAACAAUAUUCUUCUAACUUACACUUAACUCGAAGAGUUAGUUUACUUAUUCUAUUUUAUAACUCCUUCGAGUAAAGAAUUUACUUCCUUGUUUUCUUCUUUUAUGUUUAUUUUAAGUAUUUUAUAUAAUAUUUUAUAAUCGUACUAUUAAUUACAUAGCAGCUGUGUCAUAGUUAUUUUUUAUGAAGUCAGUAAUGUAUUAAUAAUCACGCUGUGAGAUAAUAUAUUUAUGUAUGUACGAGGAAAAGGACGAGGAUGAGAAGAAGGAGGAGAAGGAGGGAACGGGAUGAAGGCGACGUGGACAGACGACGAUAUCGAUCUUUUUAAAAGAACAGACGUGGGAGGAUGCUUUCUAUCGUUACCGCGAACGUAGCGAAAAUAGUUCGUCGACGUAAAGUGGAUAGAAGAACUUGUAAAGUUACCGCGUUAUUGAUUCUGCCAAAGAUACGGUACCAUGUUAAAUAUAUACAUACACAUAUAUAUAUAUAUAUUUAAUAUAUAUAUAUAUAUAUAUAUAUAUAUAUAUAAGUAUGUAUAACGGUUGCGACUUUAGAGACAUUUUUCGUAACGAUCAUUGUAAAUGGCCAAAUACCUACAUGUAAUAUCACCGAUAUAUUUGUAAGUAGUUAUCGUUGUGAAUGUGUUGGACGAGAAACCCUUUACUUUUACGUGCUCCUAGAGAUUGCAUAGUUUUGCGAAUAGUUCGAGUUAGAUGCGUACUUUGUUCUCGUUGUCUAUUAUUCGCUACAUUACCACAAUAAUGGUCAACUUCGUUUCGCUUGUUUCGUAACUAUUUAGAUAUUAUGUAUAAUAUCAUACGCCGUUUCGACAUUCCCGUAUGUAUUUAUGUGUUUGAACUUAUGAAAUCAACUAAGUAAUACGUGUUUUGAAAAAAAGAAAUCAAGAAAUUUGUCAACGUGGCUGGUUAAUCGUUCGCUUAUCGUUUUGUUUCUCGGACUAGUUUCGAAAAUAAAUGUAAAAAAGAGUUACAGGGAAAGAGAUAGAGAAAUGGUUACAAAGUAAUUACCAUGGAUAACCACGCUGAUAAAUCUUUUGAUACAGAUACUCUGCUAUCCAUAUCCAGCAGGUUCUGUUUCCGUUCGACUUUGUUAACGAGAUAUAUAUGUAUAUGUAUAUAUUUCAAACACGUAUAAUUACUUUUUGGUCAUAUCGACGAUAUAUUUCGUAUAUUCAUAUUUCGAGAAUUUGUGAUCGGUGUAAACGAGUUACAUAAUUAUUCAUGGACUUCGAAUGGGAAACCAUAAAAAAAAGACGUAAAUUGGCUGUGCCCUUUUCUAUAUAAUCUCUUUUUUUUUUCUUUCUUUCUUUUUUUUCCCUUUUUUUCUACGCAUCCGUACAAGUUUGCGUACUUUUCCAAAGAUUUUAUUCUCCUUUAAAGUUUUAUGUUAUAAUGUAUAAGAAGCUACGAACUCUAAUAAUGACUAUUAUAUAUAUAUACAUGUAUAUAUAUACACACAGACACAUAUAUACACACACAAUAUAUAUAAUACGUAUAUAUGUAUUUAUUUAACAAACCAGUCGAGCUUUCCUCAAGACGAAUUGUCUAUUGAAUAAAUUCUAUAACGAUGAAUUUUAUUGCAAAAAGUUAAACGCGAAUCGUUUUAUUCCUUUUCUUUUUCUUUUUCGUUUUCAAAGAAAAACCUGACUUUUCACUUUAUCGGGAUCUCUAAUUAAGUCCCGAGAUAAGAUUCUUCUUAAGAUCGUUAAAAAAACUUUUUCAGCAGUAUUAACCACGUAAUCGUUACGUUUAGAUAAGUACAAAGAUUAAAUGUUUACGAAGAAAAAUUUCGUGAAAAUUUGGCAAAAUUUACUUACGAUGAUCCUUCCGAUCGCUCUCAUAAUGUUCCGAUUCGAGCUAUGAGAACGUAUGUAUAUACGAGUUCUACCCUAGGUAUAGGAGAAUUAUAUGAAUAAAAUAUGGGUGUCAUAUAAAAAAAAAAAAAAAAGAAAAAGAAAAAACCAUUAAAAAAAAGACAAGGACCCAUCGUAGUUUAUCAAUAUGAAUCGUAGAUGUUGAUCCUGAGAUUAUUGUUUACCUGAAAAUACAUUAUUUAAGAUACUUCAAUGAUGUGGUAGUGAACUCCAUUAAAUACAUAUAUAUGUAAGGGUUUAUAUUUUAUGUACAGUAGAACCUCGAUUAUAUAUUCGAAUUAAUCUAAAAAAGAAAAUAUAAAGAAAAAGAUGAAGAACAAAAAAAAAAAAGAAAAAAAAAGAACAAAGAGAAAGAAGAAAACGAAGUAAAAACGCGUGUUUCGGUAAGGACAAAUGAUCAUUUUUUCUUUCCUUUUUUUUCUACUUUUUUUUUUUUUGUAUUAGCAAUAAAUGUCACAUACCAAUGUUAAAACCUUUAAGCCUAAUGAAGAACUUAACGGAAUAUACGAAGCUUUAGCCGAAGAUGUAUACGGUGAGUCCCACGAUUAGCAUAGUCAUUUUGCUGCUUAUAAAGUCUCCGUUAGAAGAUAUGAUACACGAAUAAAGAUUAGAGAUAUAGGGGGGGCCUAAUAUAUUUGUCGAUUUCAAAACGUACUUCGGUAUAAUAAAAGGAAGUUUACGAGAGCAAGCUCGUUUCUUUCACAAUCGAGGUUCCAUUGUAGCUGCAGGACCAAAUUAUUCCUUUUAAAUAGGUGUUUCUUAAGUAUGUUCGAAGAAAGGACAAGAUGUGUAUGCCCAUUCUCGAAAAGCAACCAAAUCCUCGCUUGGAGGACUUUGAAAGUAUUUAACGAAGUUAGAGAAGAAUUUUAACACUAGUUAAACACAUAAAUUCUGUAUAGUCUAUAUGGUCCAUAUCAAAAAGUGUAUUAUUAUUAUUAUUAUUAUUAUUAUUAUUAUUAUUAUUAUUAUUAUUAUUAUUAUUAUUACUAUUACUAUUAUUAUUAUUGUUAUUUAGGUUUUCUCAGAUAUGAAUUCCCAUUCCUUUUAGGCAUUUGUGGGGACGAAUCCAACACAAAGAGGCCUUGUGAGAUAUUAUAAGUUGUGCAAUGGGACGUGGGUGUUAUUAUUAUUAUUACUAUUAUUAUUAUUAUUAUCAUUAUUAUCAUAAUUAUCAUAAUUAUGAUCAUCAUCAUCAUCAUCAUCAUUAUCAUCAUCAUCAUCAUCAUUAUCAUCAUUAUUAUUUCCCCUAAAUUCGCGUAUUUCGCGAUAUCUGGAUAAAUAAAUGUUCCACGGGUAAUGCAAUCUAUACAUACAUACAUAUACAUACAUACGUAUAAACACAAUUUCUUUUUCAUACGAGAAAAAGAUGAAAGAGAGAGUGUGGCAAAAUGUGAGAUAUGCUGCUUUUCGUAUAAACCAAAUACAUCGAUCGUGAAUUAUUUUAUAAGUCGAUAUCGCGGUAUUUAUUGUUAGUUAUCAGGCUUAACAUAAAUAUCCGAAUUUUUGAUGCUUGACCAUACUAAAUCGGAAUGUUAAUUUACUAGACAAUGGGCCGGAGUAAGAUAACAAAUUUCUUCGAGAUCUUGCGAAAUACAUAAAUACGUAACAUACAUAUACAUGAAGCUUUUUACAAUAAAUCGCUGAUGUAUAAAAUGUAAAAGAAGGAAGACUAUGGCGAGAUGUCGAGAUCGGAAUUGACUUUUCUUUAUGACUGACGUAAUAUAUCUACUUAAUAAUAAUAGUAUCUCUAUGCUUCCACGAAUAAGAUCAUUUGAUCGCAUGGCAUGAUGAUGAUAAGUACAAGCACGUUUCCACAAAUCGUUUCUAUCGAUCGAUUUCAAGGAUAUUUUGAAUACUUUUUACACUUUGCUAGCCCCGAUCCAUUUUUUGCUCCAUUAACUAGAAUAUUACGAAAUAAGUUUCGCUUUAUUGGAACUCAUGAUCCGAAGGUAUUAAAUGCUAUAGAUAUUCUUAGAUUAUUAAUAGUGAGAAGGAAGUUUGAAUUCCUCAAUAAAUAUUCACGUCUUUUACAAAAGAUCCGGAUCGUCGUUGAAACUUGGAAAACUCGACUUUUCUACGCGAAGAUUUUCUAAUCCAUUUAACUUUCCAAUAUUGGAAAAUAUAAUAGAAACUAAUAUUAAACUCUAAAUGCUAUUUGUCCUAUUUGUCUUUUUCUUUUUUUCUUUUCUUCGUUUGAUAUCUAAUCUUGAUGUAAUUGUUAUGUAAUAUUAGAUAUAUAUGUAUGUCGUAGUUUGGACACAUAUAUAGUGUGCAUAGAUGAUUUGAAGCUUUGUAAAUUCGAUACUUUGAUAAAUUAAGUAAAUGUUAAACAGUGUCGAUCGUAAUUCGAAGAGAAUUUCAUUCCAGAAAUUAAAAGUGCAGUUUGUGAAAUAAUCGAUAUGUGCAUAUACUUUCCUCGUUAUUACGAGAUUAUUGAUUUGCGAUCGAAUGACGUUACGUGCGCCGAAUCGUAUUUUAACACAAACAAACAAACACACAGACAUAUACAGGCAGACACACACACACACACACACACAAGCACACAUAAAUUGCCAAUUCUAGUCAGUAUAAAAUAUAUAUUUGCGACUGAGACAAAAGUAACCGGAAGUACAUAUGUACGCCUACCAAAAAUCUUAGUUAUUUAGAUGAGACCAGAGAUUCCGUUUAGUGUAGUAAUUUAACAAAUCGCAUCCUCGAAUUUAUGCAAAUCGAAUUGUGUGACCCACAGGGAGAUAUCGACUCGUGCGAGUGAACCAAAAAUAACCAAAAAGUAAAGAAAUAAAAACUAGAUGGGUGGCAUACGCGCACAAAAAAGAGAGUACAAAGUGUAUAAAAACAAAAAAAAAAAAGGGAGUCGACGAAUCGCGAUUCCACUUCUUUUUUAUAUUUAUUGUCUAGUAUACUAGCAGUUAUUGUUGUAUGCCAUAUGAAAGAGAGACGUCGCGUAGCGAUGAACACGACUAAUCAAAAAUUUAAUAUCCUAGACUCGCCCGAAAUAAACGUUUCUAUCUGUUUGGAAAGCGAGGUAAAAAAGGAAGUAAAGAGAAGAAUAGAAAAAGAGAAAGGGGGGAAAGAGAGAGAGAGAGAGAGAGAAAGGUACUCGAUGUUGCGUGGAAAAUAACCUUUUGUUGCAUUGGGGAAUCGAUUGAAUGAAACCAACGAAGGUCUGAUGGAAAGAUCUAUACGUGUGUGUGUGAAUGUAUAUGAGGAUAUGGGUGUAGGUGUGUAUAGCUCUACUUUAGAAUGCUUUGUCGAAAGAUACGUUUCUCCUCUUGAAUGGAGCGCAAUAUUGUAAAUAGAUGCGUAUUAAAAAACGAAUAUCUACCUUGAAUAUCUAUUGAAAGCCGUAGAGAGAAAGAGAGAGCGAGAAAAAAAGAGAGAGAAAGUCAAAUUAUCUAUAAAAUGCUCGGUGUGAAAUAUCAUUAUCCAUUGUGAGUCAAUAAAAUAUUAUAUAAAGGAUUCUUUAUUUGUUAAUUUUAGAAGAAAAUUUUACGAAUUAAAUAUUCAUUACGAAUACUUGUUAACUUGAAUUUUAAUCAAUGUUCAUUGUCGGUCUUAUGAAAUAUUUUUUAUAUUUUUAUAUGAAAUAUUUGUUAUACGAGAUAAUAGAAUAAAAGUUUCAUUGUUCCAAAUUAUUAGUAACGAAACGUUCGAAUAAUGACAUGAUUCUAUUAUAGAUAAUAAUAGAAAAAAUUUUUUUCUCAAGUGACAAUAGUUACUGACUUAAACUCAUAGAAAAUCGUAUAUUUAUUUUUACCUCGUUCUAUGAUAAUCUUUUCACAAAAUCUCUCGACUCUCUUUUUCUCUCUUUCUUUCUUUCUUUCUUUCUUUCUCAGCUUUAUGCUCUCGAGAACGUUGAAACGAUCUUUUCUCGUCGCGUCAUUUUAGAUCCGCGACUAGACUGUAAAUGUAUCCGCAUUACUGCCGGUUAGUAGAGGUCUGUUGGCUUUAAGAAAGCUUACACUGCCCGUGCCAAGUUUAUCGUGUAAUUCUCGCCGAUGUUGUUGAUUCGUUCUUUCAUUCGUUCGUUCGUUCGUUCGUUCGUUCAUUCGUUCGUUCGUUCGUUCGUUCGUUCGUUCGUUCGUUCAUUCAUUCGUUCGUACCAUUUGCUCGAUGCAAAAAUAAUUUUAUGUUUUCGCGAAAAUUCUCGAUAGUCGAUGACGUUGCUUUUUUUGUUGUUGCUCUAUUAUGUAACUACGUAGAUCUAUAUAGAUUAAAAAAGAUUUAAACAAAAAAAAAAA